AUGGAUUUGCCAAACUUUUUAUUGGGUCAAGAUGAUGAGGAUGAAGUCAGGCAGAUGAUUGAAGCCCUGCCUCCGGGAAGCAGUGAAUAUGAUGCCGAAGGUCUCGACGCAGAGGACGUUGAGGAGCUUCUUCAACGGCAUCUCUCAAUCGCUCCUGCCAUUGAACACAUUGACAGUGUUGGUAAACAACAUAACAUGGACCAAUAUGUUGUGUUCAAGAAUAUGGCUCCAGAUGCAAUACGCAACUUCUCCAACAAAAAACAUCUUGGGCACAUCAAAGAUUUCACAGACCAUUGCCUUAUAAUUGUCAUGCCUUCUCGUGAGCAUGAAGUUGCUGCUAGCAUCUUUCAAAGAUUUGUUUUCCUCAAACUAGACGAGAUGAGACCGGAUUUUUCCCUCAAUCUAAAACCUUGUGGAACGGCAGAAGUGCAAGGAGCCACACGCGGAAAAGGCCCUGACGUGUCCUAUUUACCACGAACACUCCCAGCCGCCCGAUCAGACAAAUGGCCCAGCCUGGUUCUUGAGGUUGGGUAUUCGGAGUCGGCAACGAAAUUACGGAACGAUGCGAGCUGGUGGUUGACUGAAUCCCAGGGGGAAGUGAGAGUGGUGGCCACCCUAACAAUAUUUCGGAAUCACCGUGUCCACCUUGAGGUGUGGAAAUUACGUGAGGGAGCACAUCCUCAUCCCAUUAAGACACAAGAGGCAAUUGUAACCAAGAGUGCUCAUGGUUAUUCUGCCAGUGCCGCACUGGUGAUCCAUUUCCCGGAGCUUUUUUUGCGGGACCCGACCGACAAUGGAGAACGCGAUAUUGUCUUCAACCGUGAGGACCUGGAGCAGUUGGUGGAGAGUGUUUUGGAGUAG